AUGAAAAGCAAGACUGGCGACGUCGAGAACCGCGGAGGCGACAUCGAGAACCGCAGAGAUGGCGACAACGAGAGCGGCAGAGAUGCCACCGCGUUGUACCCCAACAUGCUCGAGAGCCCGCAGCUGCGCUGGGCUUUCAUACGCAAAGUGUACGUGAUCAUCUUGGCUCAGCUCCUCCUCACCGUCGGCAUCGCCUCCGCUGUCUUCCUCGCAAAGCCCAUGAAGCGCUUCGUGGCCGAGACCAAGCUGGGGUCCGCCAUCUUCAUCGUCCUCCUCGUCCUCCCUUUGAUACUUAUAUGUCCGCUGCGCGCGUACCAUAAGCGACACCCGGUGAACUUCGUCCUCCUCGGCCUGUUCACGGUCACGAUGGCGUUCGGUUUGUGUUUUUCCUGCGCUUUUACGAAAGAAAAGAUAAUUUUGGAAUCGGCAAUUUUGACGAGUGUCGUCGUUGUUGCGCUUACGCUCUACACUUUCUGGGCGGUAAAAAGGGGCCAUGAUUUCAGUUUUCUCGGACCCUUCUUGUUCGCUUCCCUUCUGGUGAUAAUUGUUUUUGCUCUGAUUCAGAUCUUCUUUCCUCUGGGGAAGUUAUCCUGGAUGAUAUUUGGCUGCUUGGGAUCGAUCGUAUUUGCUGCUUUCAUUGUAUACGACACCAAUAACUUGAUCAAGCGCUUCAGCUACGAUGAGUACAUAUGGGCUGCAGUUUCAAUUUAUCUCGAUGUCAUCAACCUCUUCCUUAGCCUUCUCUAUGUCUUCGGAGCGGGCGACGGCUAGAAAAAACUGUUCGGCACCCCCUUGCCCUUGAUUUGUGUGAAUGGUGAUUGGUGUCUUGUUUGAAUAAACCGAUGAGGGCUGAAGUUUGUGAAUAAUG